CGCAAUCCAAACGGGGCCUUAGUCAAGGAAACUUAGGCAUAUUGUUUAGCAAUUAAUAGCAGGCCAAAAGAAGAAACAAUCUUGUUUUUGAAAAGCGAAAAUCAUUAACAUAACAUGUUACACGUUUGACAUGAAGUAAGUGGGUCCCAUUGUAUAACCUUCCAUCUAUAUACUUGUACAUUCAUUCAUUCUGUGUUUCUGUUGUGGUUUGCUGGUUGUUCUGAUAGGUUAAGCAAGUGAUCAGUUUCUCGGAUUUAAAAAAAAAAAUGGCAAAUCACAUGCACACAUACAUCUCUAUUACGUAUAUUUUCACUUAAGUGGGUAUUUCUUGUUAUCUUCUUCCAUGCCUGUGGCCUUGAGUGAAUCAUAUUUAACCUUGUUCACUCCUUGUCUCUUUCCACUUUCCAAAUCUUGAAACGUCAUCUCUCUCAUUUCACAAUCCGCAGUCCAGUCCCCCAAGGCAGCAACUUAUUCAAAUUCUUCAUAAUAGGCUAAGUCGCUAUGAGAAAAGGAAGUGUAGGUACCGAACAAAGCCUCCAGUAAGUCACUCAAGAAAGCCCCAUAAGCAGCCAAAACCCUCCAAAACAGAGAGAUUGGUCCCAUCUCUGAUCUCUUCCCAACUCAAAACUCCAAAAAUCCUUUUUGUUUUUCUCCUUUCCACCUUGUUGGUUUCCUUGUACUUAUAUCCCCCCUAGCCAGCUAGCCAAUCUCUUCCCAUCUCAGAACUAUCCCUUUUGGGCUUCUCCUUUUGCUUUAUUCCCUCCUCCCUCCACUCAAUAAUUCCUCAACCUAUCAGUUUGAGUCUAUAAAUUAAGUAAAUACCCUUCUCUUUUUUCUUCAAAUCGAUGAUCCAGAAAGUAGAAGCAAACACAAUGAAAGAGUAUUGGACUUCUUUUGCUUCAUUACUGGGGGUUUUGGCCUUUUGCCAAAGCCUCCUCCAAGUCAUUUUCCCACCAGAACUCCGCUUUGCCUGUCUCAAAUUCUUCAACCGGAUCUUCCAUUUGUUCUCUUCUUACUGCUACUUUGACAUCACAGAAAUCGACGGCGUUAACACCAACGAACUCUACAACGCUGUCCAGCUCUAUCUAAGUUCCUUUGUUUCCAUCAACGGUAGCCGCUUGAGCCUGACUCGUGCUCUCAAUUCAAGCGCCAUUACAUUCGGUCUCUCGAACAAUGACUGCAUCGUCGAUUCAUUCAAUGGCGUCACUGUGCUUUGGGAACACGUCGUGACACAAAGGCAAGCCCAAACCUUUUCUUGGCGACCAUUGCCUGAAGAGAAGAGAGGGUUCACUCUCCGAAUCAAGAAGAGAGACAAGUCCUUGAUUCUUGAUUCCUACCUGGAUUACAUAAUGGAAAGGGCUAACGAAAUUCGAAGGAAGAAUCAAGACAGGCUUUUGUACACGAAUUCUCGUGGUGGAUCUUUGGAUUCCAGGGGAUAUCCUUGGGAGUCGGUUCCAUUUAAGCAUCCAAGUACUUUUGACACAUUGGCUAUGGAUCCUGUCAAGAAGCAAAAGAUCAUGGAUGAUCUUAGGGAUUUCGCCAACGGUCAAUCCUUUUAUCAGAGGACUGGGAGAGCCUGGAAAAGGGGUUACUUGCUGUACGGUCCUCCUGGGACUGGAAAAUCCAGCAUGAUUGCAGCCAUGGCAAAUUACUUGAGUUAUGAUAUCUAUGAUCUUGAAUUGACUGAGGUCCAUAAUAAUUCCGAGCUGAGGAAGCUGUUAAUGAAAACAAGUUCCAAGUCGAUUAUUGUGAUUGAAGAUAUUGAUUGUUCGAUUAAUUUAACUAACAGGAAGAAGAAUAACAACAAUCCAGGCGCAAGGAAUUACUAUGACCCUGAAAUGCGAAGGGGGUCAGGUUCAGUUUCUGGUGAAGAUGGAGGAAAUUCCAUCACUCUUUCAGGGCUGCUGAAUUUCACUGAUGGGUUAUGGUCUUGUUGUGGGAGUGAAAGGAUUUUUGUGUUUACAACAAACCACAUUGAGAGGCUUGACCCUGCAUUGCUCAGAAGUGGGAGGAUGGAUAUGCAUAUUUACAUGAGCUAUUGUUCAUAUCCUGCAUUGAAGAUAUUGUUGAAGAAUUAUUUGGGGUACGAGGAAAGUGAUUUGGAUGAUAAUGUUUUGAAGGAACUGGCGGAAGUGGUUGACAGUGCAGAGAUGACUCCAGCUGAUAUUAGUGAAGUUUUAAUCAAGAACCGGCGGUACAAGCAAAAAGCUGUCAGUAAGUUGUUGGAGGCAUUGAAGACAAGGGCAGAGAGGAAUGUGAAAAGUGGGAGUUUGAGGGAGAAAAAUUCAGAUGAUGUGGAAGAUGAAGAGCAGGAGAAAAGGGCUUUGGAGAGUCCUAAAGAAGGGUCUGAAUUUGAAGAGCCUUGCAAGAAUGAAGAGGAGGAUGAAGAGAAAAUGAAAUGAUAGUACAAAAAAAAAAAAAAACAUAUUUGAAGUUGAAGUUUCAGAAGCAUUAAAGGUGAAAACAGCAGAUUGGUCUUUGGAGUUUGGACUAUCCAAAGAUCUUUCAAAUUUGUUUAGUGGGGAUUUGGGGAAUGGUAAAGUAGAGAGAAUUGAGAGGAGAAAAAAAAUGGUUAGGAAAUGGAUCUCCAUAUCACUCAUGUUUGGUAUAUCUUAUCUAUCUUAUGAGUAGUUUAAUAAUGAAAUUAAUAUUAUUUGAUGUCAAGAUAAGAUUAUUGGCAUGUGGGUGUGGUUGGCCAUGUGGGAUUUCCUUUUGUGUUACUUCAUAU